AGCCGAGCUGAUGAUGCGCCUCAAGGCAGGCAUUAAGGUUUCGGCGAUUCUGGAGCAGGGGACGAAGCGGAGUCGCCGGACCGACAAGGCUGCGGAAUGUCCCAAGAAGAAAAAGUUGGACCUCUGGAAGAAGGUCGCCGCCAUUCUCAACAAGCCGGAAUCGAAGCGUUCCCUAGAGGAUGAGCGCGUGCUGGGCAAUCACAAAACGCUGGUGAAGCAGGUGCUGGAGCGGCGAAAGCGUCGCGUCGAGUACAAGCAGCGCAUGCUGGAAACGGAAGACGAUCCGGACGAGCUGGAGGCAAAAGCGCUCCGGCUGGCGCAGGCCAUCGCCAGGUCGAACCAUUUGGUGGUCUACACGGGCGCGGGGAUCAGUACGUCGGCAAAGAUUCCUGAUUAUCGGGGGAGCCAGGGCAUUUGGACGCUGUUGGCACAGGGUAAGGACAUUGGGGAGUACGAUCUUUCGCUGGCGGAUCCUACGUAUACGCAUAUGGCGCUGUUUGAGCUGCACCGGAGGGGCAUUUUGAAGCACGUGGUUUCGCAGAAUUGUGAUGGAUUGCAUUUGCGGUCGGGACUGCCGAGGAGGUCGCUGUCGGAGGUUCAUGGGAAUAUGUACGUGGAGGUUUGUAAGAGCUGCAAGCCGAACGUGGAGUACUGGAGGUUGUUUGAUACGACGCAGUUGACUAAGCUGUACAACCACAAUACGAACCGGCGGUGUAGGAAGUGUGGCAAGCCGCUGGUAGACACGAUUGUACACUUUGGAGAGCGUGGACAGCUCAAGUGGCCCCUGAACUGGGCAGGGGUCACUCCUCAUACGCAAAAGACUGACGCCAUUCUAUGUCUGGGCUCGAGCCUGAAGGUACUCCGGAAGUACACCUGGCUGUGGGCCAUGGACAGGCCAAUCAAGAAACGUCCUAAGCUGUUCAUCAUCAACCUCCAGUGGACGCCCAAGGAUAACGUGUCGAGUAUUAAGCUCAACGGGAAGUGUGAUGAAGUGAUGCGGCUGGUCAUGAAACACCUGAACAUCGAAGUUCCCGAGUACCACCGGCUCAAGGAUCCGAUAUUUGCUCACGCAACCUUGCUACUGCCAGAGGAGCAGCACACGGCCUCUCAACCGAUGCUUAUAAAGGCUACCAAAGAGGAACCUGGCGAGGGUUGCUCCUCGAAUGGCGUCAACGUCAAAACAGAACCCGACGUCAAGAAGGAACAAUCCCUCCAAUCGCCACCUCCUCCGCCCCUCCCAUUCAUGCUCAGCCCGCAGCAACUCCUCAUCAACAACCUGCUCAUGCAGCAGCAGAUCAACAACUACAGCAUCGUAAUGGCGGCCGCCGCCGCCGCCCAGCUCCAGGUCAAAACCGAACCCAGCUCCAACCCCACCUCACCAACCGCUACAAAACUUCCGGUUCCCCCACUCGUCCCAUGCUCACCACCACCCCAACCCACUCCAAACGGUCCGAACGUCAUCAAGAUCGACACCGCGUCCAGCUUGUUCGGCAAUCUGCGCCAGAUGAUCAACACGGAAGACACCAACACCAAUUGCUCAGAAGUGACCUCCCCUCCGACGUCCCCCAACAAGAUCCACAUCAUGGUGAAGCCGGUUCUGCCGACGGUCGUGCCGCGAUUGGUGCCGAUAUCUCCGGAACAGGUCAAAGCUUCCAAGGAAGAAGAGGAACCGCCGCUUGACGAAAAGGUCCCCGAGGGUCCGUCACUGCUGUUUGACGAUCCCGUGAAGGUUAGUGAGAGCCUGCCGGAGUGUAUUCUACAGGAAGACUCGGUCGAAUCGGAGUCGCGAAGUCUUGCGACUGAGGACGAGACUUCUGAGGAGAGUCUGGAUGCUCGGGAGGAAAAACCUGCUGAUAAACAAGUUGGUGAAGAGUUGGUGGAGGAGAAGGUUGAGGAGGAUCGCAAAGAUGAUCCUCCCAAAAGCGACGUCGAUCUUGAGAACGUCUCGAAAGAAGCUAAUAAUGCAAGUUCAGAUCAACAAGACUUAAGUAAAGAUUCAAACAUUACAUCGGACGAACCUUGUAAUGAACCUCCCGUGGAGAAGAAAGACUGUCCGAUAGAUCUCAAGCCGCCACCGCCAAACACGGUCAAGGUGGUCCUUAGUCACAGCCCGAUCUUCAACCUGUACGAAAGUCCGCCCAAGUUUGUCGACGGAUGCCCGCCGGCCCUCGCGUUGAUCAGUAGUCCGAUCAAGUAUCAACUCCCGCUGCCGGCAGCCGGGACCAAUCCCGGACAACCACUUCUCCUGGGGAUCCCCAAGGUGCUUGGUGACAGCAACAGCAAGACCGUCCCGGACCGGAAGCUCAUCUCCGCUAGUCGAAUCAUCCUCGGAGGUCAACAACCCAUCCAGCAACCUCGGCUAGUCCCGCCGAUGAAGGUUUCCGACAGCUUGAAGAGCUUCCGGCUACAGAAGCCCAACAAACCAGCCGUAACUUCUCCUCCAGUGUCCCCACUUCAAAUCCCAACUCCGAUAACCUCACCGCGAACGAACCCAACCCCAAACGGAGUCCCGCCGCGGACUCCACUCCUCGUCAACGGCUCCGUUGUCCCUCCGGGACAGCUCAUGAUCAACGGCAUGCCGGCGAUCAUCACGACGAACCUCGGAACCAACGUCCCCAAAGCCAUCCCCGUCAACCCGGCCCAGCGAUUCCCGAUCGCCUACGUCCUGAACGGCGGUCUCCCGAACCAAACCGGCAACAUCGUCCUACUAACGUCCCCUCCCAAACCGGUUGGAGCCGCUCCAAACGUCAAGAUGCUACCCGAAAACGCCCUGCCAACGGCUGCGAAGCAGCCAGCCCAAAGCGACCCGGAAGAUGUCUCCUCAUCAGAGCCGGAGGACGAAUCGUGGACUCCGCGCAAGUCGACCCGACGAUCGAAACCACUCGAAGAACCCGACAAGACGGACGAAAACGUUCCGUCGGAGGAAACACCCCAGAAGCCGGAUCAACCACCCACCGACGAACCAAUGCCCGAAAAUACCCCCGAGGAACCGUCCCCUGGACGGACGCGAAGCUUCCGGAUCCGCAAGAAAACCGACUUUCUCAACAUCAAGCAUCCGGAGAAGAAGAAGUCGAAAAAAGAUCCGGCAAAAGAAGAUCCGCCAAGUUCGGCGCCUGUGGCGCCAGAACCCAAAUCCGAACCUCCACAGGAACCGGUAACUCCUGCGAAGACGAUGCCAACCGUGUCCCCGAUGUUGCAGACCAUCGUGAUGUCGCCGGCCGCCCACCAGCUGCUGAGGACGCCGCCAACGGGCAUGGUCAACGGGUCGCCGACCAGUACGCUGCCGGUGAGGAGCAUUCUGACGUUUUCGCCCCCCGGCGUAGGAGGAGCAGGGGGAGCAGGAGGAUUCUUUGGGCCGUUUGUGACGCCGGUGCAGAACUUGGGAGGUGAGUGA